AUGGAACAGGCAAUCAGUCAUCUCCGCGCGUCCACGCAUUCAUCCACCAAUUUCCUGCUCGUCAACACGGAUGAAGCGAACACUGGAAGCUCAGGCGCUAUCAUGGAGUGGAUCCAAUUGAUGGCUUGUUGA